AUGGUUGGCAUGGAAGCCGCUGCACUGUCUGCUGCAAUAACUGGAAUACUGAAGGUUGUGGGAAACAAGUUAGCUCCACUGGUCAUCAAAGAGUACAGCUCUAUAGUGAGUGUGAAAAAGGACCUCCAGGAGCUCCAAGAUCUGGUUCAGGAGAUCAAUUGUCGGCUGGGAACAGCAGAAGAUAGAGCUACAGGGGAUGUUCCAUGGCUCAAAAAAUUGAAACAAGUGGCUUACGAUGUUGAUGAUGUUGUGGAUGAGUUCCAGCUAAAGGCUGAGAAACAUGACGCUAAUGGUGGUGGUGGAUUUGUGUCCAGGUACCUGCACACAAAAACUGAAUCAUUUAUAUUUCAAUGCAAGGCGGCCAAAAAGAUCAAGAAAAUCAAUAAGAGAUUUGCUAAGAUUGUGAAGCAAAGAACUGACUUGACUGCAAUAUUUGGACAUGAUCCUGUUAGCCAUAUAAACAUGUCAGUUGUCAAUAUGCAAACAUUGCCUGUCGGGGAUGAGGCAACAAUACUUGGAAGAGACCAAGAGAUGCACCUAAUAAUAUCUAAUCUGGUAGAGACUAAUGACAAACAGGAAUUCAAGGUAGUUUCCAUUGUUGGACUUGGUGGCUCUGGGAAAACUGCCCUGGCUAAACUGAUUUUCAAUGAUGGUGAAACAAUAGAGAAGCAUUUUGAAGUAAGACUAUGGGUUCAUGUGUCACAAGAAUUUGAUUCUGAAAAGCUCAUCAAGAAACUGUUUGAGGCUUUUGCUGAUAAAGAUACUGGACAGCCUUCUUUGCCGUAUAUGAGCAAAAGAAUCCAAGGGGGGUUGACUCAGAAGAAGUUUCUGAUUGUAAUGGAUGAUGUUUGGACUGAGUCCCAAAAUAAGUGGGGAGAAAUAAUGGGCUAUCUGAAAACUGGCGCACCUGGAAGUGGCCUUUUACUCACUACUCGCAGUAUAAAAGUUGCAGAAGCAGUGCGAUCCACAUACCAGUUAUGUUUGCCACGCUUAUCUCAGGAUGAUAGCUGGCAUCUGUUCCAACAAAGCUUUAGGAUGCCUGCGAAAUUUUUGGAUUCUGACUUUACAUUGGUUGCAAAAGAGAUUAUUCAAGCAUGUUGUGGGUUGCCGCUAGCAAUUAAAGUUCUUGCAGGUUCUCUUGCUGACAAGGAACUAAUAGGAGAGUGGCAGGCCAUGAGAGACAUUUUGUUAGAUGUUGAGGGUGAAGCAGUAUCUGCAUGCUUGAAUUUGAGCUAUUUAAAUUUGCCUUCCCAUCUGAAGCAGUGUUUCACAAUGUGUUCAUUAUUUCCUAAAGGUCAUCUGAUCUAUAAACAACAAUUGAUUGACCAAUGGAUUGCCCAUGAUAUGAUCAGUUUGAGUCCUGGAGUUGAUGAUUUGGAGCAUAUUGGCCACAUGUACUUUAAUUCACUUGUACAAUUGUUCUUUUUACAAGAUGUGGAGGAAUAUGAAGGGGCGGUGAGAUGCAAGAUGCAUGAUUUGUUUCAUGAUCUUGCCCGGUCCAUCUUGUGUGAGGAAAUUUCAACUAUUGUGCAAGAGGAUGCAACCAGUUACACAAGAGGCUACAGAUACUUUUCUUUAAUUGAACAACCAAGAAAACUUUUGCCUGAAGAGGUUUUUGAAAAUGCACGUGUUAUAUAUGUUGAUAAGGGAGAUGGCAUAAAAUUUGGCAAGGCACUGAAGAACACAAAGCACUUGCGCAGUAUCAUUCUGAAUUCUAUUUCGUCAACAGCAGUGUUGACAUCCAUACUUCAUGUAAAAAAUCUGAAAUAUCUUGAAAUAUCUCAGUUGAAAUGUGAGGCACUCCCUGAAGCUAUUUCAGAUAUUUGGAGCAUGCAAGCUCUUUACAUAAAAUCAAGCGGUCUUCUUGAGUUGCCUAAAUCCAUUGGGAUGCUGAAAAAGUUAAGAACACUGAGCCUAACAGGGUGUUCUAGGCUGAAGACUUUACCAGAUUCUAUUGGUGAUUGUGACAUGCUUUCAACUCUGGAUUUCACAGAUUGCAUUGCAUUUAAGGAGCUGCCAAAUUCUAUAGGUAGGAACAAAAGACUAAGAGUGUUGAGACUAGUUUGCACCGGGAUUGUUAGGCUACCAUCAAGUAUCACAACUCUAGAAAAUCUUGAGUAUUUGAAACUUGAGAGGAACAUGCCAACAGAGUUCCCUGAAGGCAUAGGGAACUUGACAAAGAUUAAAGCAUUGGAACUAGAUAAAUAUAUAGCCAUACCAUCUGGCAUUGGGCAGCUCACUCGACUAGAAAAACUUAAUUCGUUUUGUGUGGAAUUCGAUGUAAAAUAUGCACGAAUCUCAGAGCUAGAAACUUUAUCGAGGAUAAGUGGGAAACUAGCUAUCAAUUUUCUUGGACGCUUGAUGGAUUCGUGUGAUGCACGCAGGGCAUGCUUGAAACAAAAGGAAAAUUUACAUGAGCUGGAACUUUCAUGGGGGCCUCGUCAUAGGAGUUUGAAUGACGAACAUGAGGUUGCUGUAUUGGAUGGUCUGGAACCUCCAUUAGGGAUCAAACAACUUACGAUAAGAAUGUAUGGAGGUGGACAAUUUGCAUGGUGGAUGCUGAAGCAAGUCGGUGGUGGAGUACAGGGGUCUCGUCAAUUCCCCUUUUUGACCAAGAUGAUUCUGUUUGAUUUCCCAAACUUGAAGCAAUUGGAUGGGCUUGUGCAGUUGCCUUGUUUGGAGAAGCUUCAUCUGAAGGAUAUGCCUGCUCUUGAGAGCAUAAGUGGAGGACCAUUCCCUUCGCUUGUGAAGUUAAAAAUGGAGGGAUUGUGUAGUCUAGGAGAGGUGUGGAUGGUACCAGACAGGACCUUUUUUGGCAACGAGGAGGGAGAGGGCUGCAACAACUAUAAUCCUCAUCAAUCAGGACAAGUGCAAAUUGGUAGUCAUCUUACAGAUUUGGAUAUAUAUUGUUGUCCUAAAUUGAGGGUAAAGCCAUACUUCACGGAUUCACUAGAGCACUUGCAGUUGGACACAUGCAACAUCAACAUGCUGCUGUAUCCAUGCCAAGGCCAAGGGUCCUCUUCAUCCUACUCUACUUCUCCACUAUCUUAUAGCCACCUGAAGGUGGUUGAACUACUGCGUAUGAAAUCAUCGUUGCCAUUAUCACCUGGAUUAGGAUCUGCUGGAUGUGGGUCGGAGAUGCUCCAGCACAUGUCGGCACUUGAGUCGUUGGUGAUUUUCUGCUGCAAUGAUCUAACCGAACUGCCUGAGUGCCUAGGGGAACUCUGUUCGCUGCAAAAGAUGACCAUCAAGAAGUGUAAUAGCUUAUGCAGCCUUCCCAAGUCAAUAGGUCGCCUCACCUCCCUCCAAGAGCUCGAAAUACAAGAGUGUGAGGCGCUUGUCCAGUUUCCGGAAAGCUUGGGAGAGCUAUGCUCUCUAUAUAGGCUCGAGAUUGACCGUUUGCCAGUCUUGACUUGCCUUCCCAAAUCCUUGUGCCACCUUAGGUCCCUCAAGGAGCUCAGCAUAGGAUGCUGCGAUGUGCUCGGUGAACUACCCGAAUGUCUGGGUGAGCUCCACCGCCUACGCAAAUUCAAGAUUUGGGGUUUGGAUAGCCUGACCCAUCUUCCCCAAUCCUUGUGCUGCCUCAUGUCCCUGCAAGUGCUCGAGAUAGGGCUGUGCGAUGCAAUUGGGGAACUGCCUGAAUGCCUAGGCGAGCUCCACUGCCUAGGCAAAUUCAGGAUUUGGGAACUGCCCAGCCUAAGUUGCCUUCCCCAAUCCUUAUGCCGCCUCACCUCCUCCCUUGAGAAGUUUGAGAUUGUGUCUUGCCCGGGCAUCAGAUCCUUGCCGGAGUGGAUGAAGGACCUCACCGCUCUGCAACGAUUGGAGAUCAGUGGCUGUCCUCAUCUAGAGAGGCGCUGCGAUAAAGAAAUCGGGGAGGACUGGCAUCUCAUCUCCCACAUCCCUGUUUUGAGGAUUGGGUAG